AUGCUUUGGGGUAUGGCCGCCGCCACGUCCAGUCCGUAUCUAUCCAGUAGUAGGGUCCUGCACACCGACAGAAGGGGAGGUAUGCAGCCGGUCGCCACGGGAUCCAGCGGCUACCGACCAGAGCCACCGGUCAAGAUGACGCAGAGCGACUUUAUGCAAGGCGCUGUUGUGGGGAAUGGGAGUCACAUGCUCAGCCACCAGUGGGUUACGUCGCUCCCUCACGCAGCAGCUGCAGCCGCUGCAGCCGCAGUAGCAGCGGCGGAAGCUGGGUCCGGGUGGCCUCCCUGCGCACCAGCACAGGAGGCAAAGAGAGGUUCGUCCCGCGAGGACCUUCACGCUGGCUCCACUUUGCACCACAGGACACACCUGAGCGGACACCAGACGCACGCGAGUAGCUGGGGAGGCGGUUCGGGCGCGCAUCUUACGGACCCAGCCCUGGGAUACUCUCAGACCGGCUUUACGGUUAAUGGCAUGCUCAGCGCGCACGGACACAACCUCGUGCACUCUGGCAUUGUGCGCGGUGACUCCCCUGACCUGGACCCACACCAUCACCACCACAGCCAGCACGCGCACCACACGCACCAUCAGCACCACGGCGUGGCGCACGAGCCACACUCAGAUGAAGACACUCCGACAUCUGACGACUUGGAGCACUUCGCUAAACAGUUCAAGCAACGUCGCAUCAAACUUGGUUUUACGCAAGCCGACGUGGGGCUCGCGCUGGGCACGCUAUAUGGAAACGUGUUUUCACAGACCACUAUCUGCAGGUUUGAGGCGCUGCAGCUCAGCUUUAAAAACAUGUGCAAAUUAAAGCCGCUCCUGAACAAAUGGCUGGAGGAGGCAGACUCAACCACUGGAAGCCCCACUAGUAUAGAUAAGAUCGCUACACAGGGCCGUAAGCGGAAAAAGCGCACGUCCAUAGAGGUGAGCGUAAAAGGCGCACUGGAGAGUCACUUUCUGAAGUGUCCCAAACCGUCCGCCCAGGAGAUCAACGCUCUGGCAGACUCGCUCCAGCUGGAGAAGGAGGUGGUGCGCGUCUGGUUCUGUAACCGCAGGCAGAAGGAGAAGCGCAUGACGCCGCCAGGACUGCCGCGCUCACCCGAGGACACGUACUCACAGGUGGGCAGCAUGGGACCUGACACUCCGUCACCGCCCGUGGAUUGCAAACGGAUGUACAGCGACACGUGA